UGGGCGCGCGACUCAGUCGCACCGCGGUCACAACGUAGUAGCGGCCGACUUGAGCGACUCGAGUAACAACCACGCCGAGCCACUUAGGUUAGAUCCCGUGGUAACGUAUCGAAGAGUCGUUGAUGAGCAAUUGGCAGGUUGCUAAUAGGCGGUGGUGAUCUGUGGUGGGCUGAGUGCCUACUCGCGUAUCGCUCGCAACUCGGAGGGUUAGUCGGCCGCCGACGGGCGCGACUCUUUGCCUGCGUGCCGCUCGCGACGCCCGCGCCCGCGCUCUCUUCGUGCUUGCCGCAUGACUCCCGCUUAACUUACAACCGCCUUCGACAUCACCACUACAAAAACAAACACCACUUUCAAUGAGUGGGGACGCCGAGUACAUCGCAACUAAUUACAACAUGAGGAGCAACGUGAAGCCGUCGUUCUGGGGCCAGCGCACCAAGCUGGAGAAACGCCUGAUAUUGGCCGCUGGGGUCGCCACGGCACUCGCCAUCGCUUUCUUAGUCGCUUUCAUCGUCAGCCUGCUAAUGAGAUCUGCGACGGACAUUAGCGACAUGCCACAGACUAGUGAACUGAGACUUUCUUCAUCCAUGCCACCAACAGUCAUCUCGAAAGGAGGCAACAACGUCGACCUGUGCAGUAGCCCCGGAUGCAUCCACACAGCAUCGAAGCUGUUAUUAAGCAUGGACGAAAAAGUAGAUCCAUGCGACGAUUUCUACGACUUCGCUUGCGGCUCAUUCUUGAAGAACACUAGAAUCCCUGACGACAAGACUUCCGUGAACACUUUCUCCAUCAUCACCGAUCAAUUGCAGGAACAAAUCCGGGCUCUUUUAGAUGAACCUAUCGUUGACAACGAGCCAAGACCCUUCGUACUGGCCAAGACCCUGUAUCAAGCUUGUAUGAACAGAACUGCUAUAGAAGCUCGCGGAGUUCAACCUCUUUUGGACAUGUUGCGAAGACUCGGUGGCUGGCCGGUGCUGGAUGGUACGUCCUGGGACGAGAGAUCAUUCUCCUGGGAACAAUCCGUGUACAAAUUCCGCGCUGCGGGUUACUCCGUUGAUUAUUUUCUAGAUUUUUCGAUAAGUGUUGAUGUCAAGAACUCAACGAAGAGAGUUAUCGAUUUGGAUCAAGCUUCACUAGGUCUUAGCAGGGAGUACCUGAACCGUGGAUUCAGUGACAAAUUAGUCCAAGCGUAUUAUGAGUACAUGGUAGAUAUCGCCACACUUCUGGGAGCUGACCGACCAAGAGCGGAGGUCGAACUCAAGGAUUCAUUACAGUUUGAAAUGAAACUCGCGAAUAUAUCAUUGCCGCUGGAGAAACGACGUAAUGCAACUAGCCUUUACAAUCCAAUGACUAUUGUCGAAUUGCAACAGAAAUUCCCAAAGAUUCCGUGGCUGGAAUACAUCAACCGUCUCCUAGCCCCACACGUCGUUGUUGAAUUAGAUGAAAUGACCAUCGUCAGUGUCCCAAAAUACAUUUCAGACCUUGAGAUUCUUCUUGAAAAAACACCAAAACGAGUGCAGGCAAAUUAUGUAAUGUGGAGAGUCGCGGCUGCUUCAGUGUCUUACCUAACCGAUAACUUGAGGAGGAGGCAACUGUCCUACGUCACAGCACUCUCAGGCAAAACUGAACGCGAAAGCAGAUGGAAGGAAUGUACUGACACAACUAGUGUGAGCAUGUCUAUAGCAGUGGGCGCACUCUACAUCAGGAAAUAUUUUAACGAAAAUUCUAAAGCCAAUGCUCUGGAAAUGGUCAACGAUAUAAGACAACAAUUCCGUAAAACGCUCGCCGAGGUGGUAUGGAUGGACGAGAUGACACGACAGGCCGCUCUGGAAAAGGCUGAUGCUAUGGCUUCUCAUAUCGCUUACCCUAGCGAAAUGCUUGACGAUAAUAAACUAACAGACUUCUAUGCCAGAUUAGAAAUGUCGCCCGACAAACUGAUGGAGUCCGUCCUGAACCUGACCCUCUUCGGCACCGAGUACUUAUUCGGCAAACUGAGAGAGCCUGUCAACAAAACCGACUGGGUCACGCACGGCCGUCCUGCAAUCGUUAACGCGUUCUACUCGUCCAUAGAAAACAGCAUACAAUUCCCCGCGGGUAUCCUGCAAGGCGCAUUUUUCUCAGCCAAACGUCCGGCAUACAUGAACUAUGGAGCUAUAGGAUUCGUUAUAGGACAUGAAAUCACACACGGAUUUGAUGAUCAGGGCCGUCAAUUCGACAGAAAUGGAAACUUAGUAGAUUGGUGGCAGGAAACUACAAAGCAGAAGUACUUAGAAAAGGCGAAAUGUAUAAUUGAUCAAUAUUCCAACUACACGGUCAAGGAAGUUGGACUGAAGCUCAACGGCGUUAACACACAAGGUGAAAAUAUUGCCGACAAUGGUGGUAUUAAGGAAGCCUACUACGCAUACCAGGCGUGGACACACAGGCACGGCGAGGAAGCUCGGCUGCCUGGCCUCGAGAAAUACAGCCCAAGACAAUUGUUCUGGCUGAGCGCCGCCAAUACAUGGUGUGCAGUGUACCGCAACGAAGCGAUUAAACUGCGUAUUACGACUGGCUUCCACGCGCCCGGCCGGUUCCGCGUCAUUGGCCCUAUGUCCAACAUGGAAGAGUUCGCGUCAGACUUCAAAUGCCCAAUGGGCACGGCUAUGAACCCCAUCAACAAGUGCAAAGUGUGGUAGUGCCUGUCAUUCACCCCAACCUUUAAGGUCCACCGGCUAUAUGCAGAUUUACGUAAACGAUCCUAAUCGCUACCGCCGAAUUGACAGUGAAAAUGGACCAGUUAAAAAAUGGUUUGAUAUUCUUAUAAAUGACUUAUUUUGAUUGGUUUAUUCUUAUUAUAUAUAUCCGCAGUUAGUCAUUGGAAUCGUUCAUUUAAAUCGGCCGUGUGUCAAAAUGACGUGUAAAGCAAGUUAAUUCGUCAUUUUUAAGAGUAUUCCGAAGCCGGUCUCUAGCAAUUAAAUAGUGAUAUUUAAGGCAUUUUUGGUCGAAAAACGGUUAAUUAAGCUCUUAUUUCUUAAAAUGAAUGUGCGGAACACAAAACCGGAAGCAGAUGAAACCAAUAAAUGCCUUCGGUUAAGGCUUGAUCUUUAUAAAUAAUUUGUGCAGCAUCCAGUGCAGAUUGACGGUCACAAGAGAUUUACACCAAUUAAUAAUCUGGUUUUACUAAAUAAUUAAUAACAGCACCGUUCUAUCCUGCAUUGUUACUACACAAAGUUAAAUAAGCCGUUAGUGCAAGAUAUUGUGGGUGUGUAUUUGAAUGUCUAGUUGUCGUCAUAUAUUUCGAUGUUGUUACAACUUGUAAAUAGAGUAAACUGAAUUAUGUUUAAUAAACAUUAUGUAAUUAAAGUGAUUGUACAAUAGCAUCGAAAACUUAAAAAAUAAUUUCUUUUUAUAUGAAGUUAGACUGAGCAUAAAUCACUUUUCCACGGGUGUGUAACAUGUACCUAGCUACCUAUGGAUAUUUACAUACUUGUACAUCAGAAGUACAAAAUGUUUUGUUGGCUCGGAGUUUAUAUUUUAUUCGCACGACGGAACACAUUUGAUUAUUUCUCGUGAGGAGUGGGACGUUAAUUUUAUUGUUAAGUAUUUAUUGUGGAUUGUAGCGGGCAAUGCAUAGCCGAUAAAUACUCAACUCUAUUUAUAUAUUCCAUUACAAAUCUGCGCUGCAUUGUCUCUGUCUUUUCUUUUAUUGAUACGCGCAAUGUAUUGAAUCUCAUCCUUCGUAAUUUGGAAAGGAACAGAGAAACCAAGAUAAGUUAUACUUAAGUAGUUAUUAACAUUCUUUUUGAAACGAGUGUAUCGUAACUUAUUGGAACACCAAUAUAAAAUAGUUUUUACGA